AGAGAGAGAGAGAGGGGGCAGCAGUAAUAAUGGAGGUGGGGUCAAAUUGCAGAGCGUGGGAGGGGAGAGUGAAGCAUGACCCUGUCGGUUGUUCCGGAUUCUCUUCUUAGGCCCUCAAGUCCCUCCCACCCCCAUGUUUUACUGCUCUCAUCUCCUCCCUCUUCUCCUCCACCACUACUCCCCCGUCCCUCAGGUGAUGACUGCAUGCUGCAUUAAAUCAAACUCGCCUCUUAAUUCCCUUGGUGGUGUGUGAGUAACAUCAGUUAACAGUUUGUCUCCAAGUCUAGUUUAUGGAAUUUAGGAGACAGGAGCAGGAGGAGGUCUACAACCCUACUCCUCUCCAGCAAUCAGCCUUCACCAGGCCUCUACCCUCCUCCUCCACCUCACUCCUCUACGUAAGAGGAGGGGGAAGAGAAGGAGCAGGUGACGCGAGGAACGGGUUGGGGUCUCUUAUCCAGAAGCCCACUCCCAUCUCCGCAGCUCCUGCCGUGUCAGGUGCAUUGGGUGGCGGUGGUGGUGGAAAUCGGACUCAUUCUACCGCCGCCGCCGCCGCCAUUGCUGCCACUGAGUCUGACACGGCACUGCGGUACCGGGAGUGCCUCCGGAAUCAUGCCGCCAGCCUCGGUGGCCACAUCCUCGACGGCUGCUGCGAGUUCAUGCCACGCAGCGACGACGCGCUCAGGUGCGCCGCUUGCGGCUGCCACCGGAGCUUCCACCGCAAAGACAACGAGACGGACUGUGCGCUCUGCGACCUUCAGAACGGCACCCAUGGCAGAGUCCCUCUCUUGCUUCCUCCGCCCCACCUCCCUCCACCUCCACUUCCUCACCAUCACGCUCUGAAGCCAUCCGGCCUUCUGCUGCACGCCGGGAACAGCGCCGGUGCAAGCGUGGGGGCGGCGACGGAGUCAUCAAGCGAGGAGCUGAUGGCGGGGGCGCCGCCGCAGCAGUUCAUUGCGUCCAAGAAGAGGUUUCGGACUAAAUUCACGGCAGAACAGAAGGAAAGCAUGUUGGCCUUCGCCGAGACGGUGGGGUGGAAGAUGCAGAAGCAGGACGAUGCCGCGGUGCAGCAAUUCUGCAGAGACGUUGGCGUCAGCAGGCAAGUGCUCAAGGUGUGGAUGCACAACAACAAGAACUCCUCGAGGAAGCAGCAGCAGCAGCAGCCGCCGCCGCAGCAGGAGGAGGAGGAGGACGAGGAGGAGCAGCCGCAGCAUGAAAUGCCGGAAGACUGAGGAGCACGAGGAGAGAAGCCUUGUCGUACCUUUAAUUUGUUUCCGCUGUUGUUUCUUGUUCUUAGACCAGCAGAUGGAGUAAUGGCAUGACAUGUAAGAGUCAUCUGUUUAAUCCUGUUGCAUCGUAGUUUCUUUUG